UUGAUUCCUGCGUUUUCUGUUUAUAUGAAACUUAUUCGUUUCUUGGAAAACAGUUUGCCUUGAAUAAAACUUGACCGAAAAAAUGGUAAAAUAUAUACAGCUUGUCACAUAAACCCCAGAUCAACUAAACCGGCAAAUUGAUAUUUAAGCAAAUUAUAAUGUUGCCCAAGACGCUGUUGACCUUCGGGCGCCGUCUCGUUCAUCAGAAGUAUAUUUUUAAGGGUCCCAUACUCCGAGCUCUACGGGAACCCGAAUGCAACUCAAUUGAGGUACCGCAGGUAGAGGAAGAUACCGCUACAGUGCAGCUGCCUGACUAUAUAGAUCCAAAAUGCCUCCAGCCCGUGACGGCUGGGAAAGGUGUGCGUCUAAAGAAAACUGUCAAUGGGGAGCAGCAUCAGGACGAAAAGCAGAAAAGCUAUGACUACAAAUAUCACUCCUACUCUCUAUACGAUUUACACGAGGCCACAACGCGUUUGGCUGCGGAGCAGUCGAAGAAGAAAGCCAAAAAUUAGUAAUUCUGUAAAGUUCAAAAUGGUAGCCAACAAACGUAGCGACCGGAAAUCUAGGCAAAUAAUUAAAUUCUGAAACAAUACACGCAACAACUCUAUUAAACUGAAAACUGGAUUUUCGAAAACCAAUUGCUUGAUUGAUUUGUUUCAACUUUUGU